AUGGGCUUUUGCCUAGUAAGUGCAAAAUAUUUGCGUUAUGAGCCAAGCGAUUCAAAUCUGUUACUGCGUUAUAAAAGAUCCGACUCUGAUGAAUCUAUUACCUCAAUAGAUGACGACGGUGAUGAUGAUGAUGAUACCGGUGAAAACAAUUCACUUGAAAAGAAAUUAAGAGAAUCGGAAAUUAAAAAAAGAGAAAAAGAAGAAAAAGAAAAACUUAAACAAGAGGAGAAACAACGCAAGCUUGAGGAAAAGAAGGCUAAAGAACAACGUAAGGCAGAGGAAAAAAAAGAAAAAGAGGAACGCAAGCGCCAACAAAAGCUUGAAAAAGAAAAACAGAAAGAAGAAGAAAAAAGGCAAAAACUAUUAGAAAAGGAACAAGAGGAAAACAAAAAGAGGGAUGAAAAGAAACGUAAAGAAAUCGAAAAAAUAAGGAAGGAAUUGAAUCAAGAUUCGGAAGGUGACUUUUUGAAUACUGAAGAAGAAAGUUCUAUUGAACUAUCUGAUAUUUGGAGACAUCAUAUUUAUGUUAAAUAUGGUCUUAAUUUAUCCAGUACACAAUUAGAAAAGCAAGCAGCAUUGAGAAGGUACCUUCAAGAGGAACUAGGAUUAAGUUCUAAUAGUACUGAAACUGAACGAAGGGACGCAAUCGUUAAACUAAUUCAAACAAAGAUACAAGAAAAUGCUAGGGCACCUAAUGGAAAUAGUCAACUAAAUAAUCAACUAUUAAGCCAUCUUAAUGCUAUUUCAAUUCAAAAAUUGAAAAUUAAAUUGGAUAAAGAUAUUGAAAAAUUAAAUAAUAAAUCGUCCGUAUUAAGUAACGUAAAUCAGACUUGGGCUUCAGAAGUUAAACAACAACUUGAUGGGAAAAGAACAUUACUUCAGACGAUUGGGCAAUUUUUAUCAAGUGUCAUUCCUAACUGGUUGGCUGGAAGCAAACCCACAAUAGCUUCAACAAAUGCAACCGUAGAACAAGGCGUAGUCAAUAUUGAUAAUCCUCUUAGUGGUAAUGGAUCUGAAAAUUUAAUUCCUUCUCCCAAUGGGAAUGCCAAUGACAACACAGUGUCCGGGUCAAGUAAUAUUAACAAUGUGGGUGAUUCUGGAAAUAAUUUAAACGGCAAUUAUAACCCUACCGGGAAUAAUAACGAGCCACCAGUGAUUGGUACAUCAAGCGUAAGCAAUCCUGUAAAUAAUAUUCCAUCCCUAGAAGCGGCUAAUAAACCGAUUAGUGAUUUGCCAACUUUAAGUACCGAUAAUAACUUACCUUCCUUAAUCGGUGUCGGUGGAAGUGAACCAAGUAAUAUUGCAAAUCAAGGCAGCUCUGCCGGAAUUUCAACUAUCCAAAAUUCUGUAAUCGAGAAGACUAAUAAUACUGGUGUAAACAUUUUGAAUUCAAAUGGAAUUGUUACUCAAGUAUCUUUAAAUGAAAGUGGAGCUUCAAAUACAAAUAUUGGAUCUGCAAAUACUGUCACAAAUAAUACAAAUGGAAACGAAUCUCUUGGAAACAACAGUCCCAUAACAGAUUCUUCUAGUAAUAUCUCAGGAAUAAACAACGCAAUUUCAUUACCUACCGUUUUAUCACAAACCAAUAUUAACCUUGAAUCAAAUAAAUCAACUGUUGGUGGUAAUAUCAUAACUUAUGCUGAUUCAACUGUUGUUACAACAACAGUCGCUAAUAACAACGUUAAUGUGAUUCCUUCGGCAGCAGUUUCUUUUGUGGACGUGUCAGUACCAUCCGUAGCUGGUGAUAGCAUAAUUAAUGUUGAUGCAAAUGUUGCAACAACAAUCAACGCUAAUAACAACGUAAAUGUGACUCCUUCAGCAGCAGUUUCUCCUGUGGAAGUGUCAGUACCAUCCGUAGCUGGCAAUAGCAUAAUUAAUACUAAUGCAAAUGAUGUUGCACCAAUAGUCUCUAAUAACAAUGAAAAUGUGACUCCUUCCGGAGCGGUUUCUCCUGUGGAAGUAUCAGUACCAUCCUUAGCUGGCGAUAACAUAACUAAUGUUGAUGCAAAUGUUGCAGCACCAAUAGUCGCUAAUAACAACGUAAAUGUGACUCUUUCACCAGCAGUUUCUCCUGUAGCAGUAUCAGUACCAUCCGUAGCUGGUGAUAGCAUAACUAAUGCUGAUGCAAAUGUUGCAACAAUAGUCGCUAAUAACAAUGUAAAUGUGACUCCUUCAGCAGGAGUUUCUCCUGUGGAUGUAUCAGUACCAUCCGUAGCUGGCGAUAACAUAAUUAAUGUUAAUGCAAAUGAUGUUGCAGCAAUAGUCCCUAAUAACAAUGAAAAUGUGAAACCUUCAGCAGCAGUUUCUCCUGUGGAAGUGUCAGUACCAUCCGUAGCUGGCCAUAACAUAACUAAUGUUGAUGCAAAUGUUGCAGCACCAAUAGUCGCUAAUAACAACGUAAAUGUAACUCUUUCACCAGCAGUUUCUCCUGUAGCAGUAUCAGUACCAUCCGUAGCUGGUGAUGGCAUAACUAAUGCUGAUGCAAAUGUUGCAACAAUAGUCGCUAAUAACAACGUAAAUGUGACUCCUUCAGCAGCAGUUUCUCCUGUGGAAGUGUCAGUACCAUCCGUAGCUGGCGAUAGCAUAAUUAAUGCUAAUGCAAAUGAUGUUGCAACAAUAGUCUCUAAUAACAAUGAAAAUGUGACUCCUUCCGGAGCGGUUUCUCCUGUGGAAGUAUCAGUACCAUCCUUAGCUGGCGAUAACAUAACUAAUGUUGAUGCAAAUGUUGCAGCACCAAUAGUCUCUAAUAACAAUGAAAAUGUGACUCCUUCAGCAGCAGUUUCUCCUGUGGAAGUGUCAGUACCAUCCGUAGCUGGCGAUAACAUAACUAAUGCUGAUGCAAAUGUUGCAAUAAUAGUCGCUAAUAACAAUGUAAAUGUGACUCCUUCAGCAGGAGUUUCUCCUGUGGAUGUAUCAGUACCAUCCGUAGCUGGCGAUAACAUAAUUAAUGUUAAUGCAAAUGAUGUUGCAGCAAUAGUCCCUAAUAAAAAUGAAAAUGUGAAACCUUCAGCAGCAGUUUCUCCUGUGGAAGUGUCAGUACCAUCCGUAGCUGGCGAUAACAUUACUAAUGUUGAUGCAAAUGUUGCAGCACCAAUAGUCGCUAAUAACAACGUAAAUGUGACUCUUUCACCAGCAGUUUCUCCUGUAGCAGUAUCAGUACCAUCCGUAGCUGGUGAUGGCAUAACUAAUGCUGAUGCAAAUGUUGCAACAAUAGUCGCUAAUAACAACGUAAAUGUGACUCCUUCAGCAGCAGUUUCUCCUGUGGAAGUGUCAGUACCAUCCGUAGCUGGCGAUAGCAUAAUUAAUGCUAAUGCAAAUGAUGUUGCAACAAUAGUCUCUAAUAACAAUGAAAAUGUGACUCCUUCAGGAGCAGUUUCUCCUGUGGAAGUAUCAGUACCAUCCGUAGCUGGCGAUAACAUAACUGAUGUUGAUGCAAAUGUUGCAGCACCAAUAGUCGCUAAUAACAACGUAAAUGUGACUCUUUCACCAGCAGUUUCUCCUGUAGCAGUAUCAGUACCAUCCGUAGCUGGUGAUGGCAUAACUAAUGCUGAUGCAAAUGUUGCAAUAAUAGUCGCUAAUAACAAUGUAAAUGUGACUCCUUCAGCAGGAGUUUCUCCUGUGGAUGUAUCAGUACCAUCCGUAGGUGGCGAUAACAUAAUUAAUGUUAAUGCAAAUGAUGUUGCAGCAAUAGUCUCUAAUAACAAUGAAAAUGUGACUCCUUCAGCAGAAGUUUCUCCUGUGGAAGUGUCAGUACCAUCCGUAGCUGGCGAUAACAUAACUAAUGUUGAUGUAAAUGUUGCAGCACCAAUAGUCGCUUAUAACAACGUAAAUGUGACUCUUUCACCAGCAGUUUCUCCUGUAGCAGUAUCAGUACCAUCCGUAGCUGGUGAUGGCAUAACUAAUGCUGAUGCAAAUGUUGCAACAAUAGUCGCUAAUAACAACGUAAAUGUGACUCCUUCAGCAGGAGUUUCUCCUGUGGAUGUAUCAGUACCACCCGCAGCUGGCGAUAACAUAACUAAUGCUGAUGCAAAGGUUGUAGAAACAAUAGUCGCUAAUAACAACGUAAAUGUGACUCUUUCACCAGCAAUUUCUCCUGUGGAAGUAUCAGCAUCAUCCGUAGCUGCUGAUAAUAUAACUAAUGCUGAUGUAAAUGUUGCAACAACAAUAGUCGCUAAUAACAAUGUAAAUGUGACUCCUUCAGCAGCAGUUUCUCCUGUGGAAGUGUCAGUGCCAUCCGUAGCUGGCGAUAACAUAAUUAAUGUUAAUGCAAAUGAUGUUGCAGCAAUAGGCUCUAAUAACAAUGAAAAUGUGACUCCUUCAGCAGCAGUUUCACCUGUGGAAAUGUCAGUACCAUCCGUAGCUGGCGAUAACAUAACUAAUUCUGAUGCAAAGGUUGUAGAAACAAUAGUUGCUAAUAACAAUGAAAAUGUGACUCCUUCAGCAGCAAUUUCUCCUGUGGAAGUGUCAGUACCAUCCGCAGCUGGCGAUAACAUAACUAAUGCUGAUGCAAAGGUUGUUGCAACAAUAGUCGCUAAUAACAACGUAAAUGUGACUCCUUCAGCAGCAGUUUCUCCUGUGGAAGUGUCAGUACCAUCCGUAGCUGGCGAUAACAUAACUAAUGUGGAUGCAAAUGUUGCAGCACCAAUAAUCGUUAAUAACAACGUAAAUGUGACUCCAUCACCAGCAGUUUCUCCUCUGGAAGUGUCAGUACCAUCCGUAGCUGCUGAUAACAUGACUAAUGCUGAUGCAAAUGUUGCAACAACAAUAGUCGCUAAUAACAAUGAAAAUGUGACUCCUUCAGCAGCAGUUUCUCCUGUGGAAGUAUCAGUACCAUCCGUAGCUGGCGAUAACAUAAUUAAUGUUAAUGCAAAUGAUGUUGCAGCAAUAGUCUCUAAUAACAAUGAAAAUGUGACUCCUUCAGCAGCAGUUUCUCCUGUGGAAGUGUCAGUACCAUCCGUAGCUGGCGAUAACAUAACUAAUGCUGAUGCAAAGGUUGUUGCAACAAUAGUCGCUAAUAACAACGUAAAUGUGACUCCUUCAGCAGCAGUUUCUCCUGUGGAAGUGUCAGUACCAUCCGUAGCUGGCGAUAACAUAACUAAUGUGGAUGCAAAUGUUGCAGCACCAAUAAUCGUUAAUAACAACGUAAAUGUGACUCCAUCACCAGCAGUUUCUCCUCUGGAAGUGUCAGUACCAUCCGUAGCUGCUGAUAACAUAACUAAUGCUGAUGCAAAUGUUGCAACAACAAUAGUCUCUAAUAACAAUGAAAAUGUGACUCCUUUAUCAGCACUUUCUCCUGUGGAAGUGUCAGCACCAUCCGUAGCUGUUAGUAACAUAAUUAAUGCUGAUCCAAAUAGCGCGACAACAAUAGUCGUUAGUAGCAAUGGAAUUGUGACUCCUUCAGUAACAGUUUCCCCUAUUGAGGUCUCGGUAUCAUCAGGGGCUGGUGACAACAUAACUAAUGUUGAUACAAGCGUUGCACCAACAAUAGUCGCAAUUAACAACGAAAAACUAAGUUCUUUAUCCACAGUUGCUCCUGUCGAAUUGUUAGCAUCGUCUGUAGCUGGUGAUAAUGAAACUUAUGCUGAUGCAAAUAUAGCAACAACAACAGCAGCCAUUAACAACGAAAAUGUAACUUCUACGGUUACUAUUGCUCCUGUGGAAGUACCUGCAUCACUUUUGGUAGAUAAUAACAUAAUCAAAGUUAUAGGCGAAAAACCAAUCAAUAAUGAUAUUAAUAUUACUUCAGACAAAUAUUUACCCCAACCUGAUACUGUGAAAUCACAAGUUAUAGUACCUGAAGCAAUUAUCAAUGACGCUAUUAAUUAUGUAAAUACAGUACAAGGAAGCACUGUUACAGAAGCUAUAACUUUGCCACAGGAAAGUCAAGUUGGUCAAGAAGUAACUGUAGCUUUACCAACUCAAACGUCAGUAUCUAUAACCAAUGGAACUACAUUACCUAAUGAAAUAGGAGCCUCUGUUGUUGAUAUAUUACUUCAGAAAUAA